AUGGCGACCGCGGACCAUGUUGAGCUUGUGGCCCGCCACGGUGGCCAUCACUACGACAACAUAAAAUACGGGUACGUGCUGUUUGCGUUGUCGAUUAUUUAUUUGGUGUUCCGCCAAUCAGCUCUUAUUUAUUACCACAAGGCUUGGAUUCGGUCUGGCCGGUCCACCACAAAUUUGGGGCUUGUUAACACGCCAAUGGUGUACACCGUAUCGAUCAUGAGCGGGAUCAUUCUGAUUCUGGAAUUCUUCAACCUCAACAUCGAAGAGUACGGCGUCCACCUGAAGCGGUUCGGACGUCUCGCGUACGCCCUUACACCACUGGAUCUGGUUCUCGCUGUGAGGCCGAGCCCGUUUCAGUUGGACAAUUACCUGGAUACAUUGACCUUGCAUAAAUGGGUGUCUCGUAUAAUUUUAGCGCUCGGUAUUUUGCACAGCAUGGGGUAUCUGGUGAAAUGGCUUGCUGAGGACACAUUAGAGAAAUCGCUCAGACUGCUCAAUUUUUACGGGGUGAUAAUUUUUGUGCUUUUUGACGUGCUAUUGUCGGUGAGCUGGCGUAAAGUUCGUUCUAUCAACUACACUUGGUUCAUUGGAUUCCACAACGUGGUUCUGUUUGCGUAUGUGGUUUUAAUACAAUUGCAUGCUCGUCCAGGGGUAACUUUGCUGUUUCUGAUCAAUAUGGCUAUUUUGGCUUAUCAGUACGUGGUGAGGCUUAUUUCGACGAAAUCUUUCACUACCGAGGCUGUUCUGAAAGCGCCGGAUUCCAACCUGGAAAUUGUACAGGUGCCCAGACGGCUGCUUCCGGCGCAAUUUCUGCCAGGCUGCCACAUGCGCAUAUCGAGAUACUCUCUUUUCAAUCCGCUCUUUUGGCUGCUCCCCUCACAUCCUUACACGGUGGCAUCGGUCCAGGAAAACACUGGCGCUUUUGCCAAGCUCGUGGUGAAGGAAACCCGCUUCAAAAUCGAGCCUUUCGAAAAGUACUGGGUCCAGCCCUAUUUCCGCUCCUCGUUAUCGCUGGAGUUUUUCCAGACAGCAGAGAAUGUCACAAUCGUAUGCGGAGGCUCCGGAAUUUCUUUUGGCACGCCCAUAUUCAGCCACUUACUAAGAAAACAACAAGUGGAGAACAAAGAUAUUAAGUUAUCGUGCAUCUGGAUUACUCCAAACGUGGGUGACUUGUUUGUGCUGAAAGAACUGGAGAUUACCGGGAUUAAAAUCUAUGUUACCCGCUCGGCAACAAAUCAGGAAGUAAUUGAAGACCCUGUCAGCGACGAAUUCGAGCUCCAGACUUUGGAAGACGAUUUUCAAAUACAGGAUGAGGAAACUGGAGUUCCGGAACUAGAUGCCGAAUCUGCUCAGACCACCAAUACCGUGCAUUACGGCAGACGGCCAGACCUGGGCCGCUUGUUUGUCCAGAACGUGAACCGUACAAUCGAUUAUGCCAACAAGUGGAUAGUGUCUUGCGGUCCUCCUUCGUUGAACGAGGAAUGCAAACGUCUCGCUGACAGCUACAAAUGCCGGUAUUUCGGCGAAAACUACGCCAUGUAA